GGGCAUUUGGUCCCUCCCCCUUUUCUACGUCACAUCCCUACCGGUGCAGCCUCAAUAGGUUGCUAUGACGACAGCGUUGCAGCUCUCCUGUGAAGGCAUUCAUGGCUGGUGCGCUUCUAACCACGAUGAAUUCCACCAUGGAGAACCUGAGCUAACUCUAAUGGCGACCUUAAAAGGAGAGGACCCGGCAGCUGAAAAUGAUUUACCAACAGAGGAGGACACAGUUGAGGAACUUCCUCAUGAGACGCCAGAAAGACAACAUGCUGAUACUUUGAUAGAUAUCAGUGAGAGGGCGUUUUUAAAGGAGCUGGAGCCGUUUGAGUAUCACUGUAACAAUGGAUGGGAAGAAGCCGUCAGAGGUUGGGCCAGAGUGCAUCCACUGAGCUGCAUACUUUUGACGCCAAAGUCAUGCACGAAAGGAAAGCAAAAGGAAGCUGCCACCCCGACCCCCAUCCCAUCUAACCCAACACCACCCUCUAAUGCGGACAUUUCAUCCAGAACUGUAAAGCACCACAGUGAAUGGAAAAAUGGCCCUCAGAAAUCCACACAAUUAACCACGUGCAUAGGAACCUGGAAUAAUACUGCUGUGGCUGCUCUAAAGAAAGAUACCUGGCCUUUCCUCCACACACUGCAAGGAACUACAUCAAAUCCUUUGCAUAAAGAAAAAGAUGAGCAGGAAGGGAUGCUCAGGGAGACUCAUCAUUCCUCCACAAAAUACUCAGUGUAUACCAGGCCCUGUAAGCCUCAGAAAUACAUCCACAGGCCUAAUAGCACAAUGAUUUCCAUUAAAAACCUCACAUUCUUACCACCUAUUAAUCCAUCACACCUGCAUACUCAGGGAGCCAGUGGCAAGAUAGUUCUAGAGGGAGGAACCACAGAGGAAAACGAUGUCUUAUUUAAUAAUAAGAGCAUGAAAAGAGGAACAAGAAGGGACUCUGUUUCUAACUCAGAGCUUCUAACAAACUCUGCAGCCCUGACCUCCAAGUGCCAGACAUGUCAACACAACCCCCACAUGUUCUCUGCGGUAAGUGUAUCGAUACCCAGAAGGUAUCAGGUACCCUUGUCUUCCAAACCUGACACAGUGCACCAUACCAGCUACUUAGUGGGCACGCAUGUCCUCCACUCCAGAACUGCAGCAAGUCCACAAGCUCAUAUGAACCCAAACAAGACAGUGUGUGGGGUCAGAGCUGUGAGAGCUGUGAAAUAAAUAUUUAACCAACAGUGCAAGUAAAGUAUGCAAUCAUUUUAAACUCUCAGGUUCAAUCAAGUAAAACUGAACUGUAUUAUCUUAUCUUUUAUUAUGCACACCUAAGCCUCAAUGUUUCUAACAUUGUUCCAAAGAAUCAAUUCACUGUCUGAGUUUUAUGUCUGUUAAUGUAGUUAAUUGUAGAUAUUGUUUAUUGUUUUAAUUUUUUGCCUUCAGUCAAUUCAGUCCGGCACAAAAUGUCUGGUCAUACUAACCACGACAAUAACAGUGGAGUUAGUGGAUCAUUGAGAGAUUAAGAUUUCUUUGUCAUUUGUGUCUCAUUUCGUUCCGACCAGUUCACACAAGUGCUUUUUCAGCUAUUCCAGUUACCCAGCAACAGUGCAACUACCUCACAAGAGGCCUAGCAGUGUGCCGGCCUAACACUGACAACCUUUUAAACUUUAGCCAUAAGCUACAGCUCGGUCACAAAUAAAGUGUUGCAUUGUGGUCUGUGACUUUA